UCAGAUUGUUUGCAAACACCGCGUCGUUCAAACGUUUUUCAUUCAAUUUCUCUAAUUUUCUAACUAAAAAAUGUCAGUGACGCUUCAUACGGAUUUAGGAGACAUCAAAAUCGAGCUGAAAUACGAAGAUUGUCCAAAAACAGUUGAAAAUUUUCUUGCUUUGUGCGCUUCAGACUACUACAAUGGAUGCAUUUUUCACCGAAAUAUCAAAGGUUUCAUCGUUCAAACGGGAGAUCCAACAGGCACAGGCAAAGGAGGACAAUCAAUUUGGGGCAAAAAGUUCGAAGAUGAGUUCAAAGAGCAUCUCACGCACAACAAACGAGGCAUUGUAUCAAUGGCAAAUAAUGGAACAAACACAAAUGCAAGCCAAUUUUUCAUCACGUACGGCGCUCAACCAGCUUUAGAUCUGAAAUACACAAUUUUCGGAUGCGUUAUCGACGGAAUGCAAGUACUUGACGAUCUGGAAAAACUUCCUGUGAAUCCAAAAACGUAUCGACCAUUGGUUGAGAAGAAAAUAAAUCGUGUGACAAUUCAUGCGAAUCCUUGUGCGGGCUGAAAUAAACGAGAUUUUACAAUUUUUUCAUUAAAAAA